AUGUCCAGUCCAUCAGAUGUUCGUGGUGCAGUGAAGAGCACUUCUCACUGCUAUCUACAGCACAGCUCCUCCUCCUUUUCUUCCUCCUCCAUCAGCCUGUCUUCCUCUUCUUCUUCCUCCUCCUGUGUUUCUCUGUAUCUCUUCUUCCUCCUCUCCCCCUCCCCUCUCUUCCUCCUUCUCACCAUUUCUCCUCCUCCUCCUUUCUUUUCUCUUCCUCUUCCCCCUCCUAUUUCUCAUUCUCUUCCUCUUCCCCCUCGUCCUCCUCUUUCUCCUCCUCCUUUUCCUCCUCUUUCUCCUUCUCCUCUUCUUUCUCCUCCUCCUCCUUCUUCUCCUCCUUCUCUUCCUCCUCUUUCUCCUCCUCCUCCCCCUACUCCUUCUCCUCCUUCUCUUCCUCUUCCUCCUCUUUCUCGUCCUCCUCUCCCUCCUCUUUUUCUCCUCGUUCACCUCUUCCUCCUCCCCUCCUCUUUCUUGUCCUCCUCUCUCUCCUCUUUUCCUUCUCUUCUUCUUCCUUCUCUGUCUCCUCCUCCUCUAUCUCCCCUUCCUCGUCUUCCUCUUUCCCCUAUUUCUCAUCCUCCUCUUUUUCUUCCUCCUUUUUUCUUUCUCCUCCUCUUCUUAUUCUCCCUCCUUUUUUCCUCUUCAUCUUCCUCCUCUUUCUCCUCCUCUCCCUCCUCUCUUCCUCAUCUUCCACCACUUUCUCCUCUUUCUCCUCCUCUUCCUCCUCCCCCUCCCGCUUUCUCCUCUCCCUCCUCUUUUCCUUCUCUUUCUCCUCUUCCUCCUCCCCUCCCCUUUCUCGUCCUCCUCUCCCUCCUCUUUUCCUCAUCUUCCUCCUCUUUCUCCUCUUUCUCCUCCUCUUCCUCCUCCCCCUCCUCUUUCUCCUCUUCCUCCUCUCCCUCCUCUUUUCCUUCUCUUUCUCCUCCUCUUCCUCCUCCCCCUCCCCUUUCUCGUCCUCCUCUCCCUCGUCUUUUUCUCCUCUUCCUCCUCUCCCUCGUCUUUUCCUCCUCUUUCUCCUCCUCUUCCUCCUCCCCCUCCCCUUUCUCAUCCUCCUCUCCGUCCUCUUUUCCCCCUCUUUCUCCUCCUCUUUCUCUGUCUCCUCUUUCGAUUCUCCUCUUCUUCCUCAUCCUCUAUCUCCUCUUCCACUUCCUCCUCAUUGUCUUCCUUUUUCCCGUUUCUCAUCCUCCUCUGUCUCUUCCUUCCUUUGUUCUUUCUCCUUCCCUUCCUCUUCCCCCUCCUCUUUCUCCUCCUCUUCCUCUCCCCCUCCUCUUUCUCCUCCUCUUCCUCUUCCCCCUCCUCUUUGCCCUCCUUAUCAUCUUCCUCCUCCUCUUUCUUGUCCUCCUCUCCCUCCCUCUUUUCCUCCUCUUCCUCUUUCUUCUCCCCCUCUUCUUCAUCUUCCUCUUCUUCAUAUUUAUCUUUUUCCUUUACAUCCUCUUCCUCUUGCUUCUCCUUUUCCACUUCCUCCACCUUUUCUUCCACUUCCUCCCCCUUUUCUUCCUCUUAGCCCUGUUCUUCCUCUUUUUCUCAGCUGAUGUGUUCUGUAGUUCCUCCUCCUCCUCUUGCCCGUGUGUUUCUCUGCUGAUGUGUUGUGUGUCUCCUCCUCCUCCGUCAGCUCCUCCUCCUCUUCCUCCGUCUGCUGCUGUGGAUGGGGGAGUGUCUCUUGUUCCUCCUCUGCUGAGUCAGCAGUCGUGGACUCUUCACACUCAUCAGGCUUUUCUGCUCUUCUGUCUGGCUGUGGGUCCUGGAGAUUUGAGUUUGGAGUGGCUUGUGAAUGGCCGGAGACUGCAGUCUGGCGUCACUGAACACAGACGUGUGGUUUUCAAUGAUGCCGUUGUGCUGAGCAGCUGGAUAAAGGCUGAGGUUCUGAAUGAAGAUGUCCAGUAUGAAUGUAAAGCUCUGUCCAGAACCGGGAACGACACUUCCAGAGUCACGCUACGACCAAUCAGCAGAGAUGAGGCUGGUGUUUGUCACACAGAUGUGGAAGAUUGGAGGACUGCAAUGUCUGAACACAACCAACUCCUGCAGCAGUGGAGGAAAGCCUGGGAAGGCUGUGAUGGACAAGGUGUUCUCUGAAGAGCCUCAUUAUCAUUCAUUAUGACAUCAUUUCCUGACUCCAGGGACAGCAGCUUGGAUGAAAACACACUCAUACAUAAACACAGACACACACACACACACACUGCUCCUGGUCUGCAGAUCACAGAGCCUGUCAGUCAGUGUCCUGAAGAGGAGGACGAGCACAGACUGAUUGAUUGAUUGAUUGAUUGAUUGAUUGAU